AUGCGUGGCUUCUCAGUCUCCAUCCUGUCCGCCCUCGCGGCGUGGGCCAACACGGCGACCGCCGCGCCCGAGGGCCCCCGCGGACAGGAGCACGGUUCCUGCGUGCCUGGCCUGAAUGGCCUGGGCGCAAGGCUGUCUGCCGGCUCCGAGAUCUACUGCCCUGACACGGCCGAGUUUGGCGACAAGACCCUGCGGUGGUCCCUUCUCGGUCUGCCCACGGUCCGCGCGGUCAUUGUGCCCGCCACCGAGAAGGACGUCUCCGAGACGGUCAAGUACGCCAACCGGCACGACGUGCCCUUUUUGGCGUACAAUGGCUUCCACGGCGCCACCGUCACCCUGGAGAAGAUGCAGGACGGCCUCUCCAUCAACCUGGCCAAGCUGUCCGGCGUCCAGGUCUCGGCGGACGGCACGACGGCCGAGAUCCAGGGCGGCACCAACUCCAAGGUCGUCACCGACUCGCUCUGGGCCGCCGGCAAGCAGACGGUGACGGGCACCUGCGAGUGCGUCAGCUACAUGGGCCCCGCCCUCGGCGGCGGCCACGGCUGGCUGCAGGGCCACCACGGCCUGCUCGCGGACCAGUGGGUGUCCAUGAACCUCGUGCUGGCCGAUGGCCGCAUCGAGACCAUUGGCAACGACCACGAGCUCAUGUGGGCCAUGAAGGGCGCCGGGCACAACUUUGGCAUCGUCACCUCGGUCACCACCCGGGUCUACGACAUUGAGCACAGCAACUGGGCCAUUGAGACCUUUACGUUCAGCGGCGACCAGGUCGAGGCCGUCUACGCGGCCGCCAACGCGCACCUCCUCAACGGCGGCGACCAGCCCGUCGACGUGAUCCACUGGUCCUACUGGCUCAACAACCCGGACGCGGACCCCGUCAACCCCGUCAUCGUCUUCUACCUCAUCCAGGAGGGCGUCGACGCCAUUGACGACCAGUACGCCCAGCCCCUGCGCGACAUUGGCCCCCUCAGCGACGAGCCCCUGGCCGGCAGCUACCGCGACCUCUCCGCCUGGACCGACAUCGCCCUCGACUCGGCGCCCUGCCAAAAGGCCGGCACCGCGAACCCGCGCUUCCCCAUCUACCUCGACACCUUUGACGUGCCUGCCAUGCGGGCGGCGUACGACCUGUACGCGGACGCCGUCGGCGGCGACUCGCAGCUCGGCUACUCCAUCUUCAUGUUCGAGGCCUACUCCACGCAGGGCGUCAAGGCCGUCGACGGCGCCUCGACCGCCUUUGCCUUCCGCGGGGAGAACAUUCUCGCCGCGCCGCUCCUCAUCUACCAGCCCGACGGGCCCGCGCUGGACCAGCAGGUCGAGGAUCUGGGCAACCAGCUGCGCGCGACGCUGCACGAGGCCACCGGCCGCGACGGGUACCGCGCCUACGUCAACUACGCGUACGGCAACGAGGACAACAAGAACCUCUACGGCGCCGAGGGGUGGCGGCAGUGCAAGCUCCAGGCGCUCAAGAAGACGUAUGACCCGGAGAGCAGGUUUAGCUUUUACAACCCUGUCCACAUUGAUGCGGUCGAUGAUGCGCCCAGCAGCUUUGCGACUUGUCACCGUGCUCGAGCGAGGCAUCCAAUCCUGGACGUGCGAGUUCUGGCCGAUGGAGCUGAAACGGAAACCGUCAUCACAAAGUGUCGUCUGCGCAGGCCGCAUGUAUCAUCUCACAGCACCUCGCGCGUCGCGACUAGACUCGACUCGCAGAUCACGUGCCUCGGCAGACGACGCCAGGGAUGGAGUCGCGAUCAGCAGAGGGCUACGCUGAGAACUGGUAUGAUGAGCGAUCGGAUCGGCGGCGCCGAAGCAGCAGAACGCUUUGACGACAAGAUGCACCGCGAGAUCGAGAUGGACUUCGGGAUUGCCUGCCGAAUGCCUACGGCGAGACGGCCGAGGAUGUCCAAGGGGUCAAUGCAGCAGCAGCUGGAGGCGGCUCUGCUUUAUAACGGCUUGCGGCCCUCCGUCGAGACUGCCACCAUGACGGAGCUCGUCGACAUCCCAGAGCCUCGCGGCCUGCCCCUGCUGGGGAACCUGUUCGACAUCAACGAGGAGUUCCCCCUCGGGUCCAUGGUCCACCUGGCCGACCAGCAUGGCGAGAUCUACCGCCUCAGCCUGCCCGGGCGCACCAUUGUCUUUGUCUCGUCGCAGGCGCUCGUCCACGAGACGUGUGACGAGACGCGCUUUGUCAAGAGCGUCAACAAGACGCUCGAGCAGGUCCGCAACGGCAUCGGCGAUGGCCUCUUCACCGCCCACAACGAGGAAGAGAACUGGGGCAUCGCGCACCGCGUGCUCAUGCCCGCCUUUGGCCCGCUGUCCAUCCGCGGCAUGUUCGACGAGAUGCACGACGUGGCCUCCCAGCUCGCCCUCAAGUGGGCGCGCGCCGGCCCCGACGCCGCCAUUGACGUCGUCGACGACUUUACCCGCCUCACCCUCGACACCCUCGCCCUCUGCUCCAUGGGCUACCGCUUCAACAGCUACUACUCCCAGGAGAUGCACCCCUUCAUCGAGGCCAUGGGCAACUUCCUCACCGAGGCGGGCGAGCGCAGCCGGCGACCCCCGCUGCCCCAGGUCUUCUACAAGGCCAAGAACGAAAAGUUCGCGGCCGACAUUGACGUGAUGCGCAAGACCGCCCAGGGCGUGCUCGACGCGCGGAGGGCGGGCGGCGAGGACCGCCACGAUCUGCUCGAUGCCAUGCUCAAGGGCGUCGACAAGCAGACCGGCCAGAAGAUGACGGACGAGAGCAUCAUGGACAACCUCAUCACCUUCCUCAUCGCCGGCCACGAGACCACAUCCGGCAUGCUGUCCUUUGCCUUCUACCAGCUCCUCAAGCACCCCGAGGCGUACGAGAAGGCGCAGCGCGAGGUCGACGAGGUCGUUGGCAAGGACCCCAUCACCGUCGAGCACAUGUCCAAGCUGCCCUACCUCACCGCCGUCCUGCGCGAGACGCUGCGCGUCAACGCGACCAUCCCCCUCUUCACCGUCAUGCCGCGCGAGGACACCAUCGUCGGCGGCAGAUACGCCGUCAAGGCCGGCGAGACCAUUGUCAACCUCCUCACCAAGUCCCACCUCGACCCCAACGUCCACGGCGACGACGCCCUCGCCUUCCGGCCCGAGCGCAUGCUCGACGCCGAGUUCAACCGCCUCGGCCGGGAGUUUCCCGACUUUUGGAAGCCCUUUGGCAACGGCAUGCGCGCCUGCAUCGGCCGCCCCUUUGCCUGGCAGGAGGCCCUGCUCGUCAUGGCCAUGCUGCUGCAGAACUUCAACUUUGUCCUCGACCCAAAGUACAUCUACAGCGUCAAGCAGACCCUGACCAUCAAGCCCAAGGACCUGCACAUGCGCGCCAUCCUGCGCGACGGCAUGAACCCGACCACCCUCCAGGGCCGCCUCCUGGGCAUGGAAAAGGGCAUGGCCAAGGGCGGCGCCAAGGGGGGUGGCGACGACGCGGCCGCCGCGGAUGGCUACGGCAAGCCCCUCACCAUCCUCUACGGCUCCAACAGCGGUACGUGUGAGGCCCUUGCCCAGAGAGUCGCCACGGAUGCCCCCAUGCACGGCUUCCGCGCCGCCAAGGUGGACUGCCUGGACAGCGCAAAGGGCCAGCUCCCGACAGACCAGCCCGUCGUCAUCGUCACGGCGUCGUACGAGGGCCAGCCGCCCGACAACGCCGGCCACUUUGUCGCCUGGCUGCAGAACCGCGAUCCAGACAGCCUCAAGGACGUCAAGUACACCGUCUUUGGCUGCGGACACCGGGACUGGGUCCAGACCUACCACCGCGUGCCCAAGCUCGUCGACGAGCACCUGGAAAAGGCCGGCGCGCAGCGGGUGGCCGACAUGGGCCUCGCCGACGCCUCCUCGGGCGACCUCUUCACCGACUUUGAGACCUGGGAGGACCAGACCCUGUGGCCCUCGCUGGCCACGACCUUUGGCGUCUCGAGCGACGACGCCCCCGAGGCCAAGUCGGCGGCCGCGGUCAAGGUGGCCGUCUCGGCACCGCGCAUCACCACCCUCCGCCAGGACGUUGCCGAGGCCACCGUCAUCAGCGCGCGGGCGCUCACCCCGGACGACGCCAGGCGCCACGUUGAGAUCAAGCUGCCCGAGGGCAUGACCUACUCGGCCGGUGACUACCUCGCCAUCCUGCCCAUCAACCCCCGGGAGACGGUCCAGCGCGCGCUGCGGAGGUUCAAGCUCGCCCGCGAUGCGCACCUGGAGAUCACGACGGAGGGUGGUCUCGUCGCGCUGCCGACGAAUACGUCCAUCCCCGCCAACGACGUCCUCGGCUCGUAUGUCGAGUUGGCGCAGCCCGCCACCAAGAGGAACAUCCUCGCCAUCGCGGAGCACGUCGCGGACGCGUCCGUCAAGGCGACACUCGAACACAUGGCCGGUGCUGGCUACGACCAAGAGGUCAAGACCAAGAGGCUCUCUGCCCUGGCGAUAUUGGAACGAUUCACAGAGGUCGACCUUCCCAUUGGCGUCUUCCUCUCCAUGCUGCCUCCCAUGCGCGUCCGUCAGUACUCCAUCUCCUCGUCUCCCCUCUGGAGACCAGACCACGCCACCGUCACCUACACCGUUCUCAACAAGCCCUCCCUGUCCGGCGAGGGCGCCCACAUUGGCGUCGCCACGUCCUACCUAGCCUCCCUCAUGGAGAACGACACCCUGCACGUGGCCAUCCGUCCCUCCCACGCCGCCUUCAGCAUGCCCUCCAACCCAGAGACGACACCCGCCAUCUACAUCGCCGCCGGCAGCGGCCUCGCGCCCUUUCGCGGCUUCACGCAAGAACGCGCCGCCAUGCUCGCCGCGGGUCGCAAGCUCGCACCGGCCAUGUUCUUCUUCGGCUGCCGCGCCCCGGACAACGACGACCUCUACCGCGACGAGUUUGACGCCUGGGAGAAGAUGGGCGCCGUCAGCGUGUACCGCGCGUAUAGCCGCGCGCCGGACCAGAGCGAGGGCGCCAAGCACGUCGACGACAUUAUGCAGGUGCACAAGGACAGGCUCAUUGACCUCUGGCGGCAGGGCGCCAAGGUGUACGUCUGUGGCUCCCGGGGCGUUUCCGAGUCGGUGCGGCUGGCGAUUAUGAAGCUCAAGAUGGAGAAGGACGGCUCGGAGGACGAGGAGGGCACAAAGGAGUGGUUUGAGAGCCAGCGGAACGUGCGCUACGUUGCGGAUAUUUUUGACUGA